GGUUUCAGACGCGCUUUUCUUCGCUUCCGAGCUUUUCGUGUUCGAAGUCCCAGUGUACACUUCUAAUACGGCGUGUUUGUGGUUUUUGUGUGUUUCUUCGGGUUUUCUAUUCAUUUGUGGUCCCCGUGUUUGCAUACGUGCGGCACUAGAGUCGGGUAAUGCAUGCAAACUACAACCUGGAAAGAAAGAGUGCAAUAGCAGGGGAUUGACAGGCGCGACAAAGUGACAACAGCGGAAAUUUAAAACUUCGAUGAAUGUUUUCGAGCAGCUACUGCUCGAACCCAUCGCGUCAUCAGUGUUUUGACAAAACUUCGGCUUAAUUGGUGUAAUCAACAAUUGGCAUCAGUGCCCAAGUGAUAAAGCUGCUGUGAAAAAAAAAAUCUACCGGAAAAGCUUCCUCUUCCGUGUGAAGGAAAAGAAAAAGCUAACACCAGUGGUGUCGAAUUGUUACACAGUGUGGGUGAAAGUGUCCAGUGCGUGAGGGAGCUUGACCCGAUUCACCAGAGAAAACCGAAAGGAAGCAAAAGGAUCCCGCAUCAGUCCAAUAAAAACUGAGAAGUUUCCACAGAAGAAUUCACCACCAAACACCGACGCCACUACCAUCGAGUCGACGUAGGAAAAGUAUUAUCAAUUCAGCAAUAAUCGAAACUUCAAAAAAAUUGCAUUGAAAACGACAUCCCGUACGCGAUGCGGGUCCUGACGGUGGGGGCGCUGGUGGCGCUUUGCUCGUCGCUCUGCACGGCGGCGGACAUUCUGAUGAUCACGAUGGGUGGCACCAAAUCGCACAAGAUACCCUUCUGGGAGCUGGCCAAAGGAUUGAUACCGAGGGGUCACAACAUCACCUUCAUGAGUGGCUUCCCGGCGGACUCUGCCGUCCACGGUCUGCAGGAGGUUACCCCGUCCGGCUUGGUGGAAUACAUCCGCAACUACACCAACUGGGAUCUGCUGGGGGCCCGGAUGCGCGGAGAUCUGCCCCUGUCGAUGUGGGAUGUCUUCCGGUACGCGUGGCAAGCUUGCGACGCAACCUUAGAGGACAAGGAAACGAUGGACCUACUCGGACGGAAGUUCGAUUUACUGAUUCUGGACGGAGCCUAUCCGGAGUGUGCACUAGCGCUGGCCUACCGCCUGGGUGCUCCCUAUAUGUACAUCAACACGGUCGGAUUCUAUACCGGAACAAUGUCACUGGCUGGAAACCCUUCACCAUACUCGACAAAUCCGGUGUUUUAUCGACCGUUGACCGAUGACAUGGAUUUCUUUCAACGGGUCAUGAACACCAUCUUCAGUAUCUUCAUAUUACCGGUGCAAAUCUCUAGUCUCACCAUACUUCAAGCGAUCGUACGACGACAUCUCGGUUCGGACAUUCCGAACGUUUGGGAUCUCUCGCGGAAUGUUAGCUUCAUCCUGCAGAAUGGCCACGCUACCGUUACUUAUCCACGGCCAAACCUACCGAACAUUGCCGAGAUCGCAUGCAUCCACUGUAAACCGGCUGGACCGUUGCCAAAGGAUCUGGAAGAUUUCAUCUCCGGUGCGGGCGAAUCCGGCUUCAUCUAUGUAUCGAUGGGAUCUUCCGUCAAAGCAGCCAACAUGCCGGAUCAACUGCGCCAGCUGCUAAUACAGACCUUUGCUCGUCUUCCGUAUCGCGUGCUAUGGAAGUACGAGUCCAGUUCAUCGAUCAAAGAUCUCCCGUCGAACGUAAAACUCGGCCGCUGGCUGCCACAGCAGGAUAUUCUAGGACACCGGAAGCUGCGUGCUUUCGUCACACAUGGAGGUCUUCUGAGUAUGUUUGAAACCGUCUAUCACGGCGUGCCGGUGGUCACGAUGCCAGUAUUCUGCGACCACGACUCGAACGCAGCCAAGGCGGAAGCUGACGGGUACGCGCUACAGCUGGAUCUGACAACACUAACCAGCGAACAGUUGGUGCGUGCCAUCCAUCGGGUGAUACACGACCCCAAAUAUCGGAAUGGUGCUAAACGUCGUCAGAUGCUACUUAAAGACCAAAGAACGACUCCGCUAGAGACGGCCAUCUACUGGACGGAGUAUGUGCUGCGGCACAACGGUGCCUACCACCUGCAGACGCCGGCGAGGAAUUUGACUUUCUUCUCCUACUACUGCCUAGAUGUGAUCUGUUUCUUCCUGGCGGCGGCCUACCUAUUGCGUCUGGUCAUCCGACGGGUGCUGAAACCGCAAAUCAUUCAACUGACCAAGGAAAAGAUUCACUAGCAGCUCUUCAACCACCGGAUACGAUACGUAGCUACUGUAUAAGAUAGUCAAGAUAGCUUACGAGUCAAGAAGCCCCAAUCCAAACGUCCGAAACUUUACACCAAAAGCAACCUUGUGAGUGAGAGUGUGUGCAGCGGUAAGAGUACCGAGGGACGAUAAAAACCGACUUUUCGGUUGAUAUAUUUUAUUACAUGCAAAAACUGUUGGAUAUUUGUAACCAACUGGAGCGUAGCCUCCGUUUCGUAGAACACUGUUUUAUACAACCGUCAAUUUUGCGUCUCCAUCGUUGCAAAAAAAUCAGUAAAAUAACUUUUCAGACGAUGAAUAAUUUAGUACUACUAAAAAUCGAAACAGCUGCGGUGACAUGAAAAUUCCUCCACCGAAGGUAAAAACUGCUUCGACCAAAAAAAAAGCUAUCCGAGAGCCAUGCGAACCGGUCACGUAAAACCAACAGCAUCUUGUAACAAAUUGAAUCAGGUACUGAUUCUAUGUAACGAGUGACGAAGCACACCGGAAGUUUGCUCUCGUCCAGCAAUGCAAACCAUUUUUCGGUCAACCAAAAUACCACCCAACUGGGAGAUGAAACCCAUUCCAUCAGGUGACAAAGUGUUUUUCCAAGAGCCAGGAACAAAAAAAAAAGAGAAUAGGAGAUAUGAAUUUUUUCAUUGUUAUCGUUCUUCGAACUAAAAUCGGGUACUCAGUUCAACUGGUGGUGCUUUUCAUGUUGAAAAAAAAAACUGUUUCUUUUACUAUCAAAACUUGCUCAAGCUUAUCAAAGAAACCGUAAAGUAAAAACAAAUCGUCUGCCGACCAUAAACGAUGCAGUACACCAAAUUGUGAUACGAAGAAAAAAAAAGCAAUUUCAUCACAUGCAAUCUAGUUCGAGUAUAAGGUUCUUUUUAAACUGUAUAGUUGAUAGGGCUAGAAAGUGUGGGUUUUUUUCUGGUUUUUAGUCUAUUUCAUAGAAAAUGAUGGGUAGUCCGUAAGGAGCCGUAGAAUCGCUAAUUUAUUUGAUCCCCCAGUCAGAAAGUAACAUUGUGCGUCCUAUAGAGCAGUAAAUCAUUGUACAAUACACCUUCUUAGGUCUGUUCCGUGUUUUUAACAAUGUUUUCGAGCUAGUGUAGGUUUUUCAAGCGUGUGUGUGUACAUACGAUGAUCGGUAUGCUUAGUAGUGAACAGAAAA